AUGGAAGCAGCACUGCUACACCGAUUCGCCCGAGCUCGUUUCAGAGCAUCACCUUGUCUUUGUUCAGCAAAGACUCUCAGCAGAUCACUUCCACAUCUAGCUCUCCUUCAAUCACGGCUGAUCAGCUCCUCGCCGUCCUCGACGCCCUCUAACUCUCCCGCCCAUCAUACCACGCUCUCGGCAAUAACCUCUGCCAUAUCAGCGACGACGAAACAACGACCAUUGAUCGCCCUAGGCAUCGAAACCUCAUGUGACGACACAUGUGCUGCUAUCGUCACCUCCGAACGCCAGAUCCUAUCAGAGGUGCUUCGCACACAGCAUCACUUGCACGAGCCCAUGGGUGGCAUCGUCCCGAAACUCGCCCACCACGCUCAUAUGCGCAACCUACCCGAGGUCGUCAAAGAGGCUAUCCAAAAGGCAGGGCUGGGUGAGCGUGGUAUUCAGGAGAUCGACGUCAUAGCUGUAACAAGGGGUCCUGGACUGGCCCACUGUCUUGGAGUCGGAUUAAAUGCGGCUAAAACCCUUGCUGCCGCAUUAAACAAGCCGUUAAUUGGUGUGCAUCAUAUGGAAGCGCACGCACUCACAGCUCGCCUGACGACUAAAGAUCCAGACUCACCAGGGAAAUUGCUUGGAGCAGAUCCGUAUCCGUCUUUUCCGUUUUUAACCCUCUUGGUCUCAGGUGGGCACACACUAUUGCUUGUCGCCCACUCUGUGGAUCGAUACACGACACUGGCUACGACGGUGGAUGACUCUGUUGGCGAGGCGUUUGACAAGACAGCGCGUGAGCUCGAUAUACCGUGGCUGCCGGGUCGUGCUGGAGGUCCAGGUGCCAGUCUAGAAGAGUUUGCAAAAGGAUCACAAACACCUUUAAGAUACCUGGAUCAAUUGCCAAUCCCGAUGAGUCUUCGAACCAACAAGCGAAAGAUGAAGUUUAGCUUUGCGGGUCUCAAGAGCGCAGUGACCAGGAUCGUCAACCAGGAAAAGGCGAGCGAUCCCGGAGGUGUCAUGGACGAGAAGAAGAAGAGAGACCUGGCAGCAGGAUUUCAACAUUGCGCGUUGACACAUCUGUGCCAAAAGGUGGAGCAAGGGCUUGUGGAUUGUCGGGAGCAAGGAGUUCAGAUAUCCAGCUUAGUGAUCAGUGGGGGCGUUGGUCGAAAUAUGAUUUUGAGGGCGAUGAUGGAUGAAGUGUGUCAAAGGUUUGAGUACGAGCUGUCAAACCCUUUGAAACAUUCAGCAGUCCUCACUACUUCAGCAGGGCCGGGACUGGGGCCUUCAGCAGUAGGAAUGGAAGCAGUAACGUCUUCGGGUGUGACGGAGACGGCCAGGGCAAGACGACCAGUGCAGGUAAUCUGCCCACCUCCAAAGCUAUGUACAGACAAUGCCGUGAUGAUUGCAUGGACAGGGCUGGAACGGUACCAGCGGGGCCUUGUGGAUUGCUACGACAUAGACAUUGCGCCUAAGUGGCCACUCGAUAUGCUCGGCACCGGAGUAGUCCCUGAAUAA